CCGGAAGCUUCUCUGCCGAGCCGGAAGCACAAGCCGAGCGGCGGAGGGCAGCCGUGGAGCCGCCGCCCCCUCGCCGCUUCGCGGCUGUUUGGGGAUCCCGGACCGCGGCGGCGCCGGGUUGUCCUGAUGGUCCCCGGCCGGCGGCGGCGGCAGAGGCGGCGGGAGGAUGACCUCUCCCCGGGAGCGGGGUGCCGACCUGGCCCGUUUCUACACUGUCACCGAGCCCCAGCGACAUCCAAGGGGCUACACGGUGUAUAAGGUCACCGCCCGGGUUGUUUCUCGAAGAAAUCCAGAAGAUGUCCAGGAGAUAAUCGUAUGGAAGAGAUACAGUGACUUUAAGAAACUACACAAAGAACUAUGGCAAAUUCACAAAAACUUAUUCCGACAUUCAGAAUUGUUUCCUCCAUUUGCUAAAGGGAUAGUGUUUGGACGAUUUGAUGAAACUGUCAUCGAAGAGAGAAGACAGUGUGCAGAAGAUUUGCUACAGUUCUCUGCCAAUAUCCCCGCUCUUUAUAACAGUAAACAGCUUGAAGAUUUUUUCAAGGGUGGAAUAGUUAAUGAUGGUUCUGAAUUGAUUGGACCUGCGGAAGCUUAUUCGGAUUCCCUUGUUGAUAGCUUUCCUGAGUGUAGUACUGAAGGUUUCUCCAGUGACAGUGAUUUGAUAUCUCUUACUGUGGACGUGGAUUCUCUUGCUGAGUUAGAUGAUGGAAUGGCUUCCAAUCAAAACUCUCCCGUUAGAACUUUUGGUCUCAAUCUUUCUUCGGAUCCAUCAGCAUUAGGGGCCGUUGCUUCUGACAGCGAACAGAACAAAACAGAAGAAGAACGGGAAAGUCGUAGCCUCUUUCCUGGCAGUUUAAAGUCCAAGCUUGGCAAGAGAGAUUAUUUGGAGAAAGCUGGAGAAUUAAUAAAGCUGGCUUUAAAAAAGGAAGAAGAAGAUGACUAUGAAGCUGCUUCCAAUUUUUAUAGGAAAGGAGUUGAUUUACUCCUAGAAGGUGUUCAAGGAGAGUCCAGCCCUACCCGUCGAGAAGCUGUGAAGAGAAGAACAGCAGAAUAUCUAAUGAGAGCAGAGAGUCUCUCUAGCCUUUAUGGAAAACCUCAACUUGAUGAUGUCUCUCAGCCUCCAGGAUCACUAAGUUCAAGGCCCCCUUGGAACCUAAGGAGCCCUGCCGAGGAGCUGAAGGCCUUCAGAGUCCUUGGGGUGAUUGACAAGGUUUUACUUGUAAUGGACACAAGGACAGAGCAGACAUUCAUUUUAAAAGGUCUAAGGAAAAGCAGUGAAUACAGCAGGAACAGAAAGACCAUCAUCCCCCGCUGUGUGCCCAACAUGGUGUGUCUGCACAAGUACAUCAUUUCUGAGGAGUCGGUAUUUCUUGUGCUGCAGCACGCGGAAGGUGGCAAACUCUGGUCAUAUAUCAGUAAGUUUCUAAACAGAAGUCCUGAAGAAAGCUUUGACAUCGGGGAAGUGAAAAAAUCUGCACUCACUAAAGUUCACCUGCAACAGCCAACUUCUAGUCCUCAGGACAGCAGCAGCUUUGAAUCCAGAGGAAGCGAUGGUGGAACGAUGCUUAAAGUUCUGCCUCUGAAGACUAGUCUUACUCCAAGCUCUCAAGAUGAUAGCAACCAAGACGAAGAAGGCCAAGAUAGCUCUCCAAAAUGGCCAGAUUCUGGCUCAAGUUCAGAAGAGGAAUGUACCACUAGUUAUCUGACCCUAUGCAAUGAAUAUGGGCAAGAAAAGAUUGAGCCAGGGUCCUUGAAUGAGGAGCCUUUCAUGAAGAUCGGAGGGAAUGCUGUUGAUCCCAGAGUUAUCGAAAGCUUCCCAGCACACCUUGCUGCUGACAGUGGCAGCCCCAGCACCCAGCACAUAGCUCACGAGCUGAAGUUCUUUGCUGGAGAUGAUGACCAAGAAGCAGAUAGUUCUCCAAGAACGUCCGAUUCCCUUAGUAGAUCUAAAAACAGCCCCAUGGAAUUCUUUAGAAUAGACAGUAAGGAUAGCACUAGUGAACUCCUUGGCCUUGAUUUUGGAGAAAAAUUGUAUAGUCUAAAGUCAGAGCCUUUGAAACCAUUUUUCACUCUUCCAGAUGGAGACGGCACUUCCAGGGGUUUCAGUACUAGCGAAAGCAAGGUAGAGUUUAUAGCUCAGGACACCAUUAGCAGGGGCUCAGAUGACUCUGUCCCAGUUAUUUCUUUUAAAGAUGCUGCUUUUGAUGAUGUCAUCAGCACUGAUGAAGGAAGGCCCGAUCUCCUUGUAAAUCUACCUGGUGAACUGGAGCCCAUCAAAGACAGUGAAGCAAUGGGACCCACUCCGUUUACACAGACUAAUAUAGGCAUAAUUGAAAGUAAAUUGUUGGAAGCCCCUGAUGUUUUAUGCCUCAGGCUUAGUACUGAACAACGCCAAGCAAGUGAGGAAAAUGGCACAAAGGAAUUGAGUGAUCCCUCCAGGCCUAAAUCCCAUAGUAUAGCGGAGAAACACAGCGUGCAGGGGGAUCUUGGGAUGUUGUUUGUAACAGCUGGUGAUCACAGUAGUUCAGGAGACAUGUCUUUGUUACACAGCUCGGAUCCUAAGUUCCAAGGACUUGGAGCGGUUGAGUCUGCAGUCACUGCAACCAACACAGAAGAAAGCAUAUUCCAUAUUUCUAACCCACUCUCAGGUGCUAAUGAAUAUAAUGUAAACACAGACACUUUAAAAACUGAAGAAGUAUUGCUGUUUACAGAUCAAACUGAGGAUUUGGCUAAAGAGGAACUGACUUUGUUUCAGAGAGACUCAGAGACUAAGGGAGAGAGUGGAUUAGCACUAGAAGGAGACAAGGAAAUACAUCAGAUUUUUGAGGACCUUGAUAAAAAAUUAGCACUAAACUCCAGGUUUUACAUCCCCGAGGGCUGCAUUCAAAGAUGGGCAGCUGAAAUGGUGGUAGCCCUUGAUGCUUUACAUAGAGAGGGAAUUGUGUGCCGCGAUUUGAACCCAAACAACAUCUUAUUGAAUGAUAGAGGACACAUUCAGCUAACGUAUUUUAGCAGGUGGAGCGAGGUUGAAGAUUCCUGUGACAGUGAUGCCAUGGAGAGAAUGUACUGUGCCCCAGAGGUUGGAGCAAUCACAGAAGAAACGGAAGCCUGUGAUUGGUGGAGUUUGGGUGCUGUUCUCUUUGAACUUCUUACUGGCAAGACUCUGGUUGAGUGCCAUCCAGCAGGAAUAAAUACUCACACUACUUUGAACAUGCCAGAAUGUGUCUCUGAAGAGGCUCGCUCACUCAUACAACAGACGAAGGACUGCAACAACACCAGGAUGGGGAGCGGGUCACCAGGAUCAAAGCGCAAUCAAGAUGACAUCACUCCCUGGAACUGGAUUUGGACUCACCAACUCCCUGGGCUCAUAACAGGAACUCAUGCAGAUUUUGUUUGGGGAGAAGGAAAAAUUCCAGGGGAACAGCAGCAACAACAACAACAACAACAACAACAAAACCCAAACCCAAAAACAAUUGUGUGCAAAAAAACCUGGAGAUGGGGAAAAGUGAAGCUGUGCAUAUUGUUUUGGCUGGUGUGUAGAUACAUGCAUUUGAAAGAAUGCUGCCCAGGUGAAUCAGAGGUAGACCCCAGGAAGGAAGAAAGGGUGGGAGAGAAACUGCCCUGGGGUUGAAGAGCUCCCUAACAGAACUCCGAAGCCGUGGAAACCACACGUAUUGGGCCCGAUCACAAAAGAACAGGUAGUAGUGAGAUGAACACUCACUGAAACAUUUUCUCGAGCUUGAAAUCAAUUGGUAGUGAUUUAUUUUUUAAUGAACUCACAAGAAAGAUUGAGUGAAACGAGUGUUUGCCCAAGCACGUCUUCUCCUCGCUCUAGCGGCAUACGAUUUUCACAGUGGCUACGAAUCGUCUAGCUGAACACAUUCCUUUCCUUCUCUUCCCCGACUGACAUCCCCGCCUCUGCCUCCUUCAGAGAUGGGGAAUCUGAAGGCCAGGGAGUUUCAGUGACUUGUUCAAGGUUAUACUAGUUUGGGACUGGAGCCCAGGUGUCCAGACGCCACAUUGCCUGUUUUCUAUAUUAUUUCUAUAUGGCCUGUGUUUAUCGUAUUAUUGGGAAUAUCUCUGUUGUCUACCUUUUGUUCUUAUUUUAAUGAAAACAUUACAUAAGAACUUAAAAGGCUGCCCGAGAGAGAGGUAGGUGAAGAUCAUGCUUAGCGUCUGGGAAUUACGAGAAUGUUUUAGCUCCUUUCCCGGCUACUUUAGUUUGUUUUCUUCUGUUCAGUGUAGCUCCCAUUGACUGAGCACCCAAGGCACUGUGUUGGGUGUCGCCACGUGGAUUAUUUUGCAAACGCAUCAGCCUUCGAGGAAAACAUCAGACCCAUGUUUCCAAAGUCUGAAUACUGAGGUACAGAGGGGUUAAGUGGUUUGCUCAAGAUCAAAUACUAGCAAGGGACAGAGCUGGAAUUAGAAGCUGGGUCUGGCUGCCACAAAGACCAAUGCUCUUUCGCUCACUCCAGCUGUUUACAACAUACCUGGAAGCUGUAUUUUUCUGUGUCUUGGGCACGAUAGUGGGCCCUCUGAUCAGUGGAAUGUGCUACCUGUGUUCACUUGCCAUGUGGACUUUCAGGAAAGUGCUGGGGGAGAUGCAGCCCAUUCCUUCUCACUCUUACAUCACUAAUCCGUGAAAUGUCUCCUCCUGCACCCUCCCAAGAAGUCUCUCUAAAGUGAACGCAGACUGUUUAGACCAUUCCUUCCUCAGACCCUCCGCUUUGCUUUACAGCUGCUACCGGCGUCUCUGGGCUCCUACCUUUGUUCCAGAGCUCUUGUUGUGUGUGUUUUGUUUUUCCCCAGUGAGUUUAAAAUAAUGCAAUUUAGCAUAAUUGAAAGAGUGUUUAUUGAAUGGCCUCCCAAGGAGCUAGGAGCUGGGUCACAGAGGUGGCUCUGUUACUUCGGAUCUCAUGACAGGACUGGGCCCUGAGCCACUCAUUUAUUCUUCUAACAAACACAGUGCCAGGCAGCCUCAAGUUGCAAACGGUCUCGUUGGGAGGAAUACAAGUACACAAGGGAACCCCAGUGUCCCAGACACCUCCAGCUUUGUGGGCCAAUGGAGCUCAGUGGGACCCAGCCCCCCACAGUCCACCGGUGUCCCCAAGUCUCCAGGGGCUAGCUCACUGCCUCCCUCCUGACCUUUUCAGAUGCAGCAGGCUUCCACAUUAGGCUGUGUCUGCCCCACCAACCCCCCUUAAUUCAUUGCACAAAGAUUUCAAUAUCCCGUUUGGAAUACUGAGGAUACCGGAGGUCCUAAAAUGAUAGGAACGAGAACGAGGAAUCUUAUUUUUCUCAGGCAGUGAGGUUCCCAGGCUGGACGGGAGGAGGAUAAUCAUAAGCUUACCGUCCCACCGGGAAGAUAUGACCUGCCAUAGCAGGCAAUGUGUGAAGCAACCUUUAAUUGAAAAUUAACUUGUGUAGCUUAAACCAACAUACCCUAGGAGUUUAGAGAAAGCAGUGGUCAGUAAGAACUGGGAUCAUCAGAGAGGAUUUCAAGGUGAAACCACAUGCCCAAAGCCACUUGUGAACCGAUUGGUGUCAGAAAAUGGCCCUUAAGGGCCCCCCGUUCCUCUCCCCGGGCUCUCCCCUCUCGAGCGAUACCAAUGGAAAACAAAUGGUGUGUUCAGUUUACAUCCCUACUUAAUUCAGUUCUUUUCAGGCCACACAAAGUUUCUGUUUCAACAAAAGCCUCCAGUGGGGCGCCUCUGCAGAUUCCCUCUUGUUCUGUCCUAAAACAAUGGGAUGGGGACAGAUCAUGACAGAGUAUGGUGAAGGCCGCGGCCGCCCUGCCCGAAAGACACAAACGCUGCCUUUCAAGUCCGCAGCAGUAACCCAAUCCCCUUUCCCGUCUCCCUGUGGGAUGAGACCAGGUGGAAGAGUGAGGGGGGAGAAGGUCAUGGCAGUUUUGACCCGUUCAGGGUGUGUGGAAAAGGGUCUUUUCUUCACCUGGCAAAGAAACGCGUGCCUCUGAUGCUGCCCAUGACCAGCUCUGUCCAUGCCCCUGCCCCCUCCACCCCUGUUUGGGCACCAGACCGCAGGCCAAGUCGAUAAGAAUUGGACCCUGGGGGACAAAAUCCUUCUGCAAGGCAAACAGGACUUUCUCCGGGUUCUCUGGCUUGGUUCCUCUGAACCCGCAGUCGACAUCUCCAAGUCACAAAAUGUCGGAUUGGAGCCGCUGUCCUUGGAAAGAAGGGAAACUGGCACUUGGUUCUCAUCCAUGGCAGUGAUCCUGAAAGGUUUCCUGUUUAACGCUUUAUUUGCAUUAAAAAAAAAAAUCGCCAAGCAUCUCGGAACUGAAGAGGACCCAGUGUGCGCUGUUCCUGGGCGGAGGCUGGUGCGCUGGGAGCUUCCACACGGCACGAACCCGGCUUCUCGACAGCAGCCAUUUUCAACAUGAUCCUUGUGUUUGCUUGGCAAAAUCCGGGAUUGGAAAAACAAAAGGUUUUCCUGCCAGAUUCCAUUAAUUUCAGCAGCAGCAGUAGCGGCAGCA